CUCGUGUUAUGUUUAGAGGUUAGGGAGUCUUUUGAAAUUCUGAAAUUCUGAAAGUAAACAUCUUAAUGAUUAUUAGUUAGUUAUCUAAUGUGAGUGUGAACUACAUACGAACUACGCGAUUGUGAUUUCUUCAAUGUGUUAAGUCACUAGCAACAGGUUUUUGUUUCAAAAUGAAAAGGAAAGCCGAUAAUCCACCCGCUACCAAGCAGUCAAAAGUAGCUAAAUUAAGCAACUUUAGGAGAAUCGCUGUGCCCCCUCAUCGCCUCACUCCCCUAAAGGAGAAUUGGAUGAAAAUAUUUUCUCCCAUUGUCGAACACCUUAAACUACAAGUUAAAUUCAAUAUCAAAACCAAAAAUGUUGAAAUUAGAGCACCUCUCUCUGAUGAUGAAAGUGCUUCCAAUCUUCAGAAAGCAGCCGAUUUUGUGCGAGCUUUUGUCUGUGGAUUUGACGUUGAAGAUGCCCUCGCCUUGGUACGAUUGGAGAAUCUUUUCAUCGAAACUUUCGAAAUUAAAGAUGUCAAACAGCUGAAAGGUGAUCAUCACUCGCGAGCAGUUGGACGUCUUGCAGGAAAAGGUGGCAGGACAAAGUAUACCAUUGAAAACAUCACUAAAACAAGAAUUGUCAUCGCAGACUCCAAAAUUCAUAUUCUUGGAUCAUAUCAAAGCAUCCAAAUAGCCAUGAGAGCGAUCUGUAAUCUUAUUCUUGGAAGUCCACCAUCUAAAGUGUAUGGUCAGUUGAGAAAUGUAGCCACAAAAGUUGCCUCCCGCAUCUAAAUGCACCCACCAUUUGAAGCUGAGUUUUGGAGCAAUGAAGGUAUAACCAUAGAAAGCACAGGACCUUUAAACUGGUGAUGCUAACUAGAAAAUCAUCCAGUCCCAUCUGGAACCAUCUGCAGAAGAAUUAUUCAGUUGCCCAUUACACCGCCAACUCAAGAAAAAAUUCAUCAUAUCAUUCCGCUGUUGCUACUGGAGUAAGUUUUGAUACUUUCUACAAGUCAAGAGACAGAUUUUGCAUCUCUUAAAGUUCAUGAACAUCAUCUUAAUCUAUAAGGAGAGUGUGGCUUCCUUUAUGCUUGAACAAGUUGAACAAUACAGAAAUGGAAUCGGCAAGUUAGUCCUCUCUUCGUUUUUUUUAAGUUUAUGUUAAUGACCAAGGUUUUCAAGGGAGUAUCUAUUUUUAAAUUUACCGAUUCUCUGCUAUUCUUAUUUACAUGAUGGGAAUCAUCCAUUGAUACCAUUUGAAAUUUAAAAAAGCAAUCCUAAGGAGCUCAUCGGAAAAUGCUAAAUAGGUGAUUUCCCCCUCAGCGACAUUUGAUUUUUGAGGGUCUAGCCCUGAAUUAUAACUUUUAAUGAUGAAGAUAUACCCCUAAAAAUUGUUUGCUUCAAGCAAUUCUUAUGCCUAUCACGUCUUGCAUACCAUUUUCAAAAAAUGAAUUUAUUGAAUAAAGAAGUAAGAGAUUUAAAAAUUUUAAGACUUAUUUUUUGUGUUGCGGACAUGGAUAACUUAUAAACAUACCCUUUGUAUUUGAUUCACUGCAGAAACUUUAAAUUUAAAAUAGUUCUUAAUAAUACCUGUGGACCGAGGCCCAGUCUUCUUGAAAUUUCAAUUCACCAUGUAGGUAAACUUCUUGCAAUCUCUCCAAUUCUUUUAUUUCAUGUGAUUUCAUAAAUUUAAGAUGUUUUUUCUGAAUUAUAUUUUUGUUUGUACCUAUAUGA